CAGCUCGACGCUCAGCCAUCUGGAUUGAAUAUUGAAUAUCUAUGUAUGUACAAGUUUGUUCCAUAAUUUUUAGCUUGUCCUCUUGACGCUACUACUCGGCUAAUGAGAAAUUUGAUCGCAUUUGACCCAAGGCCGUCAGGGCCUUCUAGGGAGGGCGGUCGUUACUGUUGGACCCUUUUUCAUAUAUAUAAAACUGUUUUGUAAACCUGUGGGUGCCUUGUUGUUGGUCUAUUUCUUGUUCUCCUCUCCCGUAUGCCCUACAUCGAUAUCCCAUCCAGGGACGACUACGUGUCUAUAUGGUACAUCACGAACUCCGUCCACGGGAACGUUGGCAGCUUUGACCCAGAGCGCCCCACUUGCAUCCUCCUUCAUCCUUUAUUUCUGGACUCAAGCUGGCUGAUUAGGCACUUUGAUGAUCCCAGACUCUCCCGCGACUACAACUUGAUAGCUUUUGACCAGCGGACUUGUGGACGAUCACGAUGUAGACCCAGUCAAUGGCAUGACAGUUAUGUUGAUGCAGCAGAUCUUGCUAUGGUCUGUCAGGCUUUGCUCUUGCCUCCUGCACAUAUAUUGGCAUUCGAGUGUAUUUCUGUUAAUGCAGCUCUCAGACUCGCUGCAGUGUGGCCUGAGCAGGUCCUGAGUCUAACUUUAUGCGACGUCCCCCCUCCGACAGAACUUCAAUGGGUCUUCCACGCUUAUGACGAACUCCUUCAAUUGUGGUGUUACGCGCCAGACCUCGACUCGUUCGAACAUGCAGGGAAUGAAGUAGUGACUUUCAUGACUGGGGAGAGCGACAAUCUAGACCUUCAAGAUGAUUUGAUAGCCUACUGGGAGAAAUAUACACCUCCAACAAAACGCCUGAGGAUUGUAGAACUUGUUAACAUUAUGAUGAACCGUACACUUAUGAAGCCCCAGGAACUUGCCAGUAUCUGUUGCCCUGUUCUUAUUAUUCAGGGAGAAGCAAGUCCCAUAGCUCCGCUGAAAUACGCAGAGAACCUUAAACAGCAACUAAUAAACGCUGAAGAUGGACCUCGAUUGUACGUUGUCAAGGGUGCCAAAGCUUGCUUAAACAUCCUGCCUGGAAGCGCUUCGAUAGUUAACCAGGUCUUCUCAAAGUUUCUUGCCCAACAGCCUCGUACACGGUCCGACCUCCUUACUCCAAAGUUGUCCAUACGAGAACGGUCGAAGGUCGCUCUAUCGAAGCUUGCGGAAUUCGUCGGCAUUCCAUCUAUUGCCCAGAGGGAUCCUCGUUCUCCCCUUUCGUUUUCAUGUGUAAAAACCGAGGUUGCGAAAAGCCAGUUGGAAAAUUUGUCGUUUUACGCAAAGGAUUUGAAUCAAGCAUACUGUCCGCUUGGGAGAGAUGGACGGCCGUUGCGCAAGUACUCUGAACGGAAGAAGGAGGCUCACUGGUUCCAAGGAGACAAGCAUGGCAACAGUUACAUCGACACUUCCGAGCUCAAAGCUGCUCGUAACUACAAGGGAUACAAACAAUCACAUCCUAAGGCUCCCAGCUCUCCGGAACGUCCGGUAGCGGGAUCUUUAACUGCGAACAAAGAAAGCCUAGUCACAGACGAGGUCGCGCAGGAUGGUCGCAUGCGUCGAACGACUUACAAUGCUAGCUCAGUCGACAAGCACGUUAUUAGAGGAACGAUGCAGAAGGCUGUCACAGAUCACAUACGACGUUUGGAUUAUUCACAACUACCUUAA